UCCGCCCACCACAACGGGGCCGUCGUCGCCAACCACAACAACAACGCCGUCAAUCACCACGGUAGCAGCAACAGCAGCAACAACAACUCUAUGCUCGACAAGUUCAAGUUCUUCAACUCCAAGGACAAGUCGCAGGACAAGAGCAAAGUUCCCAAGCGGCCGAGCAGCGGUGGGGGCUUCAGCUCGGCGCGCAGCGAACGGAGCGACUCGUCUGUCAGCCUAUGCAGCGACGCUGCGCCCGCUGGCUCACCCAACGGCCCCGGCUCGACUUCAAGCUCGGAGGCCGCGAGCCAAGCCAAGGCGUCAGAAUCGGGAACCGCCGUCAUCUGCAACGGGGGUUCGUCCAACGGACCCUCGGGUGCGACUCCCGGGAACGACGCCGGCGCUGACCACGCGGCUGGUCAGUCCAAGACCACCUCGUCGGCUGCCAAGGGUCUCGCCAAAAAGACUUUCGGCAGGGCAGCCGGCAAACAACAGCAGCCCGGGUCAUCGGUCGCCAAGGUGCCAACUUCGCAUGCAGGCUCUUCCGAAACCGUCCGUUCCGGUCUUCCCCGGUCCUCUCCGUCCACCGAGACGCUCAACAGGACUGCGACGCGUAGGCCCAACGCUGGCAGCGGGCACCCGCGACCCGUCAGCAGCGGCCACGAACUCGCGUCGCACGUCAAACCCGAGAAGUUCCCGUCCCCGAAAGCGCAGGACUCCAAGCCCGUGCCUAACGGCCCUAACGCUUGCGAAGACAAGAAACAUCAAGAGGCGGAAAUGAACACGGCUGCGCAACUGAACAACCCGGGCAGCGGCAUCCCAAAGCCCACCGCUGCGGUGAAGGGAACGACGAAGCAGUCCAGAGAGGACCUGACUUCCAUCGGACUUGCUCAACCGGAGAAGAUUAGAAGUGACAUCAAACAGAAUGGCAGCGUGCCUAUCAGUCCCGCCGGCAGUGAAGUCGCUUCUCAGAAGCAGCCCGACAUUGUCGACAUUGAGUCCAAUAACCAGCCUCUCGCCGACGACAAUGGUUGCCAGGAGCAGCAGGAGCAGACGACGCCGCACUCCGGCGACACGAACGGUGGCGUUCGAACGGAGACCCUGCCCAAAAGUGAUCGCUCCAAGAAGACGCAGGUCCAGGGCGUCAGCAUAGCGAUGGUGUCUCCCAUAAUGAGCAGUCAGCAUUCGUUCAGCAAGGACUCGGUGACAGCGUCUUCAACGGAGUCUUCUUUGUCCACCGUGGUCUCGGUCAAGGAGGACAAGGCUUCUUCGUUGAUAGUGACAGCCAACCAGAACCAGCAGAAUCAGGACAGUCGCGGCGGCAACCAAGGCGGCCUCGUCAACGGCGGGUUGACGAAAACGGGGCGUCAUCCUGAGAACAACGUCGCGCAGCAGAGCGAUGUCGGUUGUCAGAACGUGCUUGUUGGCAGUGGUGACCAAGUGAAGGUAAACGUGAACGGCGAGUCGACCGUUACCAGCGGCCUGGUGGGCGGCGUCGAGUCUACAGUGAAGUCGGUGCCCGCCGAGACCAAGUUGGUGCCUAGGGCCAACUCCGUGGACUCUUCGUCCUGUAAAGACGGAGAUGAGAUGGAAGAGGCUCUCGCCAACAUCCCUCCCAUGCAGCCCCUCCCGAGGGCGUCCCCGUACGGGAGCGGCUACUCCCGGGGACUAUCUGGUCACCGGGCUGCGAGGCUACCCGCGUGUCUGCGUCUCCAGGCGGACGUGCAGCGUGUGGCGAAGAACAUGCUGGCCGCGUCCCAGGACAUCGCCCGGCUGUACGGCGCCCAGAGACCGACGACCGCCUCGGUGGCCCUGCACCACCCGACGUACCAGCACCUGCAGCAGCAACAGCAGCAGCAGCACGCCGACUACGCCGAGCUCUCGGCCGGAUACGUCAGCGACGGCGACGUUCUGCGGGCACCGCGCGCCUGCAGCACCGAGGAGUCGAGCGGCUACGUCAGCGAGGGUGGCAUCGCCUCUCUGUACGCCGUGUCGUCACCCUGUCGAAGGCCCGCGCGAUACGCCAUCAGGGACCCCAAGCUCAUCAACGUCCUGCAGGACGACAGCAACGACAGCACCACGACGCUGGUCGCGACGAGCACGAAUCAGCUGUACCCGCCGAGAAACUGCUUCGACGACAGCAGCUCCAUCAGCAGCGGUCUGAGCGACACCUUCGCCGAGCUGAGCACCAACGACAACCUUACCGACUCGUCGCUCAGCUCGGACCCGUACGGAUGCCUCAAGCGGCGUCCCCACCACCCGGGCAUGGCGCCGUCGGGCACAUCCGGGGGAGCCUGCAACAAGGGCGUGCCGGACAGGUCCACCCGAAAGACGUCAGACCACCACUCUUCCGGUUCCGCCAUCGUGGGCGGGGGUGGCGGCGGCAUGCUGCCCACGACGACGUCCAUCCGGAGCAGGAACGCGAACGUAAAGAAGACGGACAGUUCCAUGCAGACCGACUCGAGCGCCCUCAUGCAGCAGGGAGGGGGCGCGGUGCCCCCUCACCUGCAGUCGUCGGCAAACUGGAAGAAGUACGUCCAGCAGCAGGACUUGCAGCACCAGCAGUCCAAGACGAACUCCACAGAGUCACUCAAGUCCAAGGAUAGCAAAAGGAGUGGUGGACAGUCGACGUCGAGCAAGUUAGGCAAGUCCGCGGACAGCAACCGCCACGACGCGAUCCACUCCAAGAGUGGCAAGUCUAGGACAGGCUCCUCUUCCUCCGGAAGCGGAGAGACCAAGUUGAGGUCCUUUUCCGCCGACACGGCCAUGAUUGGAAGCGACCUGUCGCUGGACAAGAUGCGGACCUCCUCCGCCGCCGGUAUGGGGACGCCCGUCAGAUCUUCCGGCAUAGAGUACGCGUCUACGGCGGUAGUGGUGACGAACCGGAAGCUUCCGGGAAGGCCGUCCAACGUCUCCGGCGCGGGACCUCCCUCCGCGUGCAUGAUGGUCCCCGGGAAGCGUCCCUCCAGCACGGCGUCUUCCGGAAGUGGCCGCAGCGGCGGCAGUUCCCAGGCGAAGAAGGACGGCUCGGCGGAACUGGACCAGCAGUGCCGGACGUCCAGCCUGACGAGGACGGGCGAGCUUUCUCGUGGAACCAGCCGCUCGUCGCUCGAGCGCAAAGCCAAGGUGUCUGGAAGUACGCAGACCGGGCCCGGCGUCAACGACAUGUUCGUGUCAGCCCACUCGGACUCGGAGUACUGUUCCCUGGGCAGGUCCUCGGGGAAGCAUGCCAAGCAGUACAUUCAGACUGCCUUUGGGCCCGGUGGUUCCCCCGCCUUGGGGACCAUGCGGGAGCGCAUCUACGGCACGAGAACGAUGCUCAACGGAUCGCCGCCUUCCUACGUCUCCAAUUCAGAUUACGUCCUUCUUUCUGGCUUCCAGCACGGCACGGCCCCGCUGCGGGACCGGCCGCGCCUGUCGGUGCCGUCGGCCAAGGGCUCCGAGAGCGACAACUACAUGACGCUGGACCACUCGAGCCCGUACGCGUGGCUCCGGCACAGCCCGACCUCGGGCUCGGCGUCCGUCGCCUCGGCCCCCGUGGGCCGGAGUCCAUUCGCGGCCGGCGCGGGCAUCGCCGAGGCCGACAGCAUGGAGUCCUUGUCUUCCACGGCGUCCAGCGCCCACGGACAGGCUGCCUCCCGGUACAUGUACCUGUCGUCGCCGCUUCACAGCGCUACCUCCAUGGGGACACGCAACUCCAUGAGCAUGUCCCACUAUGCCAGCGGCCUCGUCUCCAAGAUGGCGAACAAGGACGACGAUGCCCACGGUUCGUCGCUGUCCCUGGUCUCCACAAACUCGUCGCUUUACUCAACGACGGAGGAGAAGCAGGCCCACGAGAUCCGCAAGCUCCGCAAGCAGCUGGAGCAGGCCAACGAGAAAGUGGCCACGCUCACCUCGCAGCUCACCACCAACGCGCACAUGGUGGCAGCCUUCGAGCAGUCCCUGUCGAAUAUGACCUCGCGGCUUCAGCACCUCACCGUUACCGCUGAACAAAAGGACUCGGAACUAACGGAGCUGCGAAGCACCAUCGAGGCACUGAAGAAGCAGAGCGCCGAGGCGGGCCUCACCAAGAUGGCGCUGCAGUCGAUGGCGGCCGUGCAGCGAAGUAUGGCCCCCGCUAAUGGCGCGCCCCCUGGUGGCGGUGGUGGUGGUUCGACUAACCUAGUGCGCCGCCAUACCUUUAACACGCCCAAGGACGCUGCCGCCGGUGCCCUCCAAGACCAGCACAUGUCCCGCCAGCUGUCUGCGGACUCCAUGUCGAGCGUCAACUCGGCAUCGAGCGCGUGCAGCAACGCCUCCACCAGGCACGAAGAGUCCUGCAAGAACAAGCACAAGAAGAAGAAAGGAUGGCUUCGGAGCUCGUUCAGCAAGGCGUUCUCCCGGAGCAAGAAGAACCGGCAUGGCUCGGUGUCCGACGUUGAGGACAUUCGGGCUCUGCACUCAGACUCGUCAACGCCCAACUCGCCACUGCUGGGACUGGGCAGCCCACCCUCCCUGCUCACCGCCAACGGCCUGCCGCACUCGCCCCUCGGGUGCGGAAACGAGAAUGGCGAGCUCUCACACUCAAGCUAUGCGCUGAACGAACACGACGAAGAAGAUGGUGGGCCCGAGCUGGUGCGUGAAUUAAGGAAGCAGCUGCGCGAGAAGGACCUGGUGCUCACCGACAUUCGGCUGGAGGCCCUGUCUUCGGCUCACCAACUGGACAACCUCAAGGAGACGCUAUCCAAAAUGAGGAAUGAGAUGCACAGCCUCAAGCAGGACAAUGACCGGUUACACCGGCUAGUCCGCAGCCAGUCACUGAGUGCAUCACAGAGUUCUCUACUCCACCGGAGCAGCAUGGACAUGCUGGACAAGCGACUCAGUGCCCACGAAAUCUCCUCUGCGCUUGACCUGCACGAUGGCAUCAAUGGUUCUGUUCCAGAGGGCAAGCGCGUUACCAUCACCGUUCAUCUGGUGUGUCAUGGUGACGUUGAGAAGUGCCUCACAAAAUGUGAGGCACCAGAGGAGGCCCUGAUUGGUUCCUUGUACGUGAGUGGCAAGACCAAGUGGGACAACCUGGACAGCGCAGUCAAGAAAGCGUUCAAGGAUUAUGUCCUGAAGGUGGAUCCCGCAUCCAACCUGGGCCUGAGCUCCGAGAGCAUACUCUGUUAUCACAUCGAUGACAUUGUCCGUUCCAAAGAAGCGGAGCUUCCAGAGCUGCUACCUUGUGGUUAUCUUGUUGGUGAAACUCUGAAGAUUCAAGUUGUGCUCAGAGGGACCGCACAAAAUGCAGUGGAUGCCCUUGCACUCCAGACGCUCAUUCCCAAGUCCGUGAUCCAGCGAUACGUUUCCCUCCUGACGGAGCAUCGCCGAAUCAUCCUCUGUGGCCCGAGCGGUACGGGGAAGACCUUCCUUGCCCAGAAGCUGGCCGAAUACCUCGUGCUCAGGUCCGGCAGAGACUUGGCUGCCGGCUCCAUCGCCACCUUCAGUGUGGACCACAAGUCUGCAAAGGAGCUGAGGCAGUACCUCUCCAACGUGGCUGAACAGUGCGAAAACAGCAGUGCCAGCGACCUGCCAACCGUCAUCAUCCUGGAUAACCUGCAUCACGUGGGCUCCCUGGGAGAGGUGUUCAACGGCUUCCUCAGUGCCAAGUACCAAAAGUGCCCGUACAUAAUAGGAACCAUGAACCAGACCACCUGCUCGACAACGAACCUGCAGCUGCACCACAACUUCAGGUGGGUCCUGUGUGCCAACCACAUGGAACCGGUAAAGGGCUUCCUGGGGCGCUUCCUUCGGCGGCGCCUGGUUGAGGAGGAGGUCGGCACGGGCCUUCGGCUGGCAGAGCUCGGCAAGGUGGUGGACUGGAUGCCUCGCAUCUGGCACCAGCUGAACCAGUUCCUGGAGACGCACAGCUCGUCGGAUGUCACCAUUGGACCUCGGUUGUUCCUUGCAUGUCCUAUGGAUGUGGCAGGCUCUCAGGUGUGGUUCACUGACCUCUGGAACUACAGCAUCGUGCCGUACCUCCUUGAAGCAGUUCGCGAGGGCCUUCAGCUCUAUGGACGGAGAGCAGCAUGGGAAGACCCAGCUGAAUGGGUUCUGGAGACCUAUCCAUGGCCGGGACCAGUAUGUGAAGCUCCACAGCUACUGAGGUUACGGCCAGAAGACGUCGGAUAUGACCCGAGCGCCGGCCCAAAGGUUGUGCCGGACCAGCCCGACUCGGACGCAGAUCCCCUGCUCAACAUGCUGAUGCGCCUUCAGGAAGCAGCCAGCUACUCAAGCCCACAAACCAACGACGCCGAGUCGGCGGACCUGGAAGCGACGGACACUUCCUAGCUUAUUUCGCCCAAUUUAUAAGGAAGACAAAGAAUCUGCGCAGAAACUCCAGAUCCUACAAGGUCACCAGGCCAUCAAAACAAGCCGACGACUGAUUCUCUGCUUGAGGAUGGAAUGCACAAAACGUCUCAAAGUUUAUCGAGAUUUCCCAGAGUUUUGUACAUUUUGUUUUUUCUACACUCUUUCUUUUUUUAGAAAGCUACGAACAAAUAGCUGCUUUCAUUGUUUCUCGCAGAGAAGCAGCAACAUCCUAGGCCUAGUCUGUUUGAAAGAAAGAAAAAUAUUAAGGGAUGGAAGAACCGCUUGUACAUACAACCUGAAUUUUUGUAAAUAAGAAAAAGAUGCCUGCCUUUUAACAAGUUAUGCGUCCCUAUCCCAUGAAUGUUUUGUACAGAACAGAAGGGAACUGAUGUGAAAAUAGCAGAGUGUCACGCGAGAUAUUCUUGUACACGCCUCUUUUAUACUAUGUAAACACUUGACAUGAGGGCAUGCUGGAUUUGUAUCAUCGAGGAGAGCAGCAUGGAUGUUGCAUUCUGAAUUUGACGAAAGAAAAAUUGAAUGCAAGGUAAACUAUAACAAACCUUACUUUGUUUUUUGCAAAUGUUGAAAGGUUGACUGGGAAAACGAGACACACCAAACUUAGCUUUUCUCUCUUUUAAUGGAAGUGUAAGGCUAUGUUUAAAUGCUGCAAGUGCAUGUGACAGUGAAUAAAACGACAUAAUUAGUUUUUUUUUAGAGGCUUUCUUCUUACCUUUUAAAGUACUGCAAUUUCUUGAUAAGCUCAUGCUUUGUGUAAGUGGUUGUUGUAAUCUAUGUCACUAUUUAAACUCACAACCUGAUCAAAUGAAUGUUCCGGUGCAUAGUUUCGGUGCUCUAUUAGGCUGUAAAAUUUUUUUAACCUGGGGACACAAUGGCACCAAAUAUUGUAGUUUUUAUUCAAUGACUGAAAAUUUUGACUGAAUGUCCUAUAAUUUAUUUCAAAUGUCCUUCGCAUACUCACAGUUAUGGUGAAAUCUGCAAAAAUACGAAGGCCAGCUAAAAAUGAAUAAUAAGCUCGCUAUGACUUGCACUAAUUGUUAGCAAUGGCCAAUGCUACAUUUUGUUGACUCUGUAGACCAUGUGCACAUUGCGUUGCUUUCGCUGUUGCGAGACGUCUCCACUUUUCUGAGCUUAUGAAACUAAAGACAUAAUGGCACAUACCAAGACAAAUUUAAUGUCUUCAGGUAUUCAGGCGACAGAUACAAUUCUCUAAAGUGAGAUCGUUUCGAGUGCUUAUCUUAAUCAUUCAGAUGUCUGACAAAGGGAGACUACAAACUCCUUAAUGAACUUCAGUGUUGAAAGGGUCACAACUUCACACGAUGUUCACAAAAUGGGGCAGGCAGCGCACAUAAGCUUUCUAGUUCUCCUAAUUCUCCGUAUUCAUCUUCGCCAUUUUUGCUUUUCAUCUCUAGUAAAGUUUCUCCUCACAACACAUCGCCCAGAAAACAUUUGAGUGGUCAUAAUCGUAAGGGUUAUAGUAAGAGAAGGAAACGAGAAACGCUUUCAGGCACUUGCAUCCGUGGCAGAUGAAGUUUGUAGUUGCACACAUAUAAGUUACGGUCAGCCUUCAGUUCUUUGGAGUCCACUAUGUACGACUGGCGGCAAGCAAAGACUGAACAGGAGACUCCAAGUCACAAUAUAAAGAAAUCGGAAGAUGGUGCUUGAGGGUUGCGAUACGCUGGUGUGGUUUACUUGAACGUCGUUAUACGACAACAUCGAUCCCCGGUGGAGAAAACCAAAAUGGCGCCUUUAUUUCAUCUUUAGUACACUUGAAUUGUUGCAUUCGUGCUUCCUUUACAGCCAAGCGUAGACUAUUCAUCAAGAGUACAAGUGUGCUUGUUACAUAGCUGCAUUGUUAAUGCCUCCUACAGCACCGUCUGCUCUAAUGGGAAACACCUUGUUAGUAUUCAGCCCGAUAGAACUUCCAACAGUUUUCUAGAGUAAGCGAAAAAAAAAGACUAAUAUGUUACAUAGUGCAAAUAUAUCUAAGAAGGACUGCUAGCCUUCAUUUAAUGUUUAAGCUGCCACAAAUACUCGGUAAGGUGUUUCCUAUAUGAGCGGACAGCCGUGUACAGAGGCACGUCUUGUUUUGUGAGCACGAAGAGUGGUCAAUCGCAUAUUUGCAGAACAAGGGAGAGUUGGCUUCGAAUAAUUCCCUCUCGGAUAAUUUAGACCCUCGGCUCAAUUCAACAAAUUUAGAAAUUUUGUGUUGGUUCAGAAUGUUUUCAGUCACUUUAAUUGAAGUAGGUCAAAGAAGGAUUUUGGUUUGUUGAAAUGUCCAAGCGAGGAAGGUCAGCGUGGCCAAAAGUUGUUGAUGGGUUUAUAAUGCAUGAACAGUCAACGCCUACCCGAACUUGAUAUUGAAAUUGCUGUGUUUGUCGAUAGGUUGUCAAUGUGAAAUGAUGCCAGUUGGACGUCCGAACUAUGGAUAUCCCAUGUUUUGGGAGCUCUACCUCAUUUCAUCUUUUAGCAAAUUUCGAGGUUUCUAUUAGUUGAGCGCAGCAAGGCAUGAAAUUGUCGCACAUACAUUUGUUUGUAUAAGGUCUUGUUAAUUUCGUUGCAGGCGACAUUUUAUUUUUUGCAAUUCCAAUGUGUGACAACUCUGAACAGGACUGUGGUCAUCAAGGAGUUUGAAUUAUUGGAAGUCAUCUGUAUGGCAAAACCAGAUCUGAGCUAUGUAUACAGAAAAAUGAUUACAUGGCAGUCUGCGAAUGGAAAACUGGUGCAAGAAAGUCGGUGCAGCUCCUUCAAUUUGCAAUGAUUUGCAUAAUUUAGUGCUUUAUUGUGGACUUUGCAGAUCUUCAACAACUAACUGUUUAAAAAGUACAUCUCAAAUAUUUCACGAUCUCUUGUUUUUUUGGCUUGCUCUGAAAGCUAUCUAGCUUUUAGGUGUUAUUUUAACAUGCGCAGUUAAUUUUGUGCAACAGUGCAUGCCGAACUGCUUUAUUUUUGGUAGCCUAUUUUGUUUUGCCGACACACCUAAACUUGAGAUGCAUGCUGUUGCUUCUGCAGGAUAUCUAGCGAUGGAUUAUCUUGAUUGCAGAAUGCACAGACAUGCAAAUGAGUUGCUGGAAGCAGGACUUCAGUUUUUGUAAUGAACCGUGCAUUUUCAUUACAAUCAGUUACCAGCCGUGAGGCCCAAGAAAGCUAAAUGUCGAAGCCAUGUGUGUGCUUGUGUACACCCACAGAUUCACGCUGUGAGUGUACUAUGCGCAAUGUAACAUGGUUAGGCAUUUGAAAAGGCAUGUUUUGCAUCAGUCAGUGGAGCUAUUUUUUUUUCAGUACAGCUUUUUCUAGCAUAGCAUCAUUUCAAAAGCUUUUAGACGUAAUGGCCAAAAGUGACCGUUAUUUCAUCAGGACAUCAGUACUUGCAGUGAAUUUCAAUUCAUUAUUACACAGCAUUCAGUGGUUGUCAAUCAUUGUUCAGUGAAAUCUUUUCUGUAUAGCAUGAUGUAUCAGUGAUUUCAUCGUUUUCGUUCAUCUCGUUAAUUUAUCGAAGAUUGCUGCUUCAUUGAGAUAAUUUACACUGUCAUUUCGUCUGCCUGCCCAAACAUCUUGUCUGAUAUGUCACCUGCGAUGACUGAAAUAAGGAAUUUAUUAAGAAUGUUCUGUGCGCUAGUGAGGCUGUUUUCAUUUAGAGGUUGUUCUAAACUGAGGAGCUGUGUUCUUCGUGUUUUUGUUGAUAUUUCGCAUAGACUGUCCUAAGUGCCGCACGAAAAACUUGCAUGGAGUUGACACUACGCUUUAGAACAUACAUAUGCUGUGAAGUAUGCAGUGUAGACAAGGUGUUACAAAAAAGAAUUCUUUUACAGAAGUUUGUAAAUCGCGAGCACAGGUGAAAAUUACUGUCGCACAAUUGAAAGACCACCACAAUCAUUUGGGGCCCAUUGCUGUCAAUCACAGUGCGAUCUGAACAAAUAUGUGCUUGCUUCUAGGUUAUCACUAAGCAAAUAGGUUCAGGCACAGACCCUAGGUCACAUUAUUGGAUGACUACUUUGCCUAUGGAACAUUACAUUGCUGCAAGCCAACUGGUGUGAAAUUUUACACAAUGGCUUAGCAUGAGGAUAGCACGGAGUAGCAGCUGAGUGGGAUCUGUUUUACAGUGCUUGUUGUGGUUAACAUGUAAGUUGGUCUGGCAAUGUGUGUCAAAAUAAAACAUCACCGCAUGUCACUAUUUUGUUUUCUGCUCUAAGACAGCUGUUUGUUUCAAGGAAAAGAAGAAAACAGAACAUGCAUCUAAAGUAAAGCAGAAAAAAUUCUCGCAAUAAGCAGCGUGAGGUUCCUGUCCUAUGCGCAGAAUGCUUGUUUGCUGUGAUUGUAGCGUUGCCUGCACAAAGCUGUUCCUUUGCCUUUUUAGUAUCCACAUUGACGGGUGAACUUUGUUUCUCAGCUUGUCGACCCUGUCAUCCCUGUGCGUGUCUUCAAAAGUGUCACAGCAGUCGCCUAAAAUGAUGAGUGUCAUUGUGCCCCAUAAGAAAAUAACUGUCACUCUGUCAGGAAAAGUAUGGAAGAGAGAUGUGUGAGGACAAUGCGAUUAAAGCAUUUUUCUUUAUAUUGAA